AUGCAGACCACAGCUAUAUUUGCACUCACUCUCAUCUUGGCGUCAUCCAUCGCCGCCAGCUCAUACCAUAGCAGUACAAAGCUACGUCGAGAUGGAGUAUUGAACCUAUAUCCCUUCCCGAGGGUGGGCCGCGCGUCACACCGUACUUGGGAAGUGCCUAUUAACGAUUUACAAGAUGGACCUAUGAAACGACAACUCUACGCCUUCCCCCGAGUUGGUAGAAGUGAUCUCCGUUCAGAACUUCAGCUUGAAGAACUGCUCUUUGGUCGACGUAAUCCAUACGUAAAGAGAGACAUGUAUGAGCCUCAUUCAGAUGCUGAUACUCCUGGAAUGUGGUUUGGACCAAGAUUAGGCAGGGGUUUCAAAAGCGAAGAUGACGAUAUUUCCCAAAACGACGCUGACAGGAGUGAAUCAGAACAACUAGAAGUAACACAAGAACGAGAAAAAAGACAAAUUAAGCGAACG